GAAUGGUUCUAUCCAUUUUUGCAACUGGCAUGGAAUCACGUGCAUCAAAGAGUUACAGCGUUGAAGUUACCUGGAUAUAAGUUGCAUGGAUCUUUAUCUUCUCAUGUCGCCAAUCUCACUUUUCUCAGACACGUCAACCUUGCAGACAACAAAUUCUCUCGAAAAAUCCCCCAAGAGUUGGGUCAGUUGUUACAAUUAAAGGAACUCUAUCUCGCCAAUAACUCGUUCUCUGGAGAAAUUCCUACAAACUUGACAAAUUGUUUCAACCUUAAAUACUUAUCCUUGAGAGGGAACAAUUUGAUUGGAAAAAUACCAAUUGAAAUUGGGUCUCUUCAAAAGCUUAAACAAUUUAGUGUUACACGAAACCUUUUGACUGGAAGAGUCCCUCCAUUCUUAGGGAAUCUUUCAUAUUUGAUAGGUUUUUCAGUUUCUUAUAACAAUUUGGAGGGAGAUAUUCCACAAGAAAUAUGUCGUCUCAAAAACUUGGCAGUGAUGGUAAUGGUGGUCAACAAAAUAUCUGGUACAUUUCCUUUGUGUCUUUACAAUAUGUCAUCUCUUACUAUGAUCUCAGCUGCAUCAAAUCAGUUUGAUGGCUCACUUCCAUCCAACAUGUUUAACACUCUCCCUUAUCUUAAAGUAUUUGCAAUCAGUGGUAAUCAAAUUUCAGGUCUAAUUCCCAUUUCUGUUGAAAAUGCUUCUACACUUGCAGAACUUGAUAUCAGUAAUAACCUUUUUGUCGGAAAUGUUCCAAGUCUAGGGAGGCUACAUUAUCUUUGGGGGCUAAAUUUGGAAAUAAAUAAUCUUGGUGACAAUUCAACUAAGGAUUUAGAAUUUUUAAAACCAUUGACAAAUUGUAGUAAUUUGCAAGCAUUUUCUAUAUCCCAUAAUAAUUUUGGAGGUAGUUUGCCAAGUUUCAUAGGUAAUUUUACCACCCAACUUAGUCGACUGUAUUUUGCAAGCAAUCAAAUAUCAGGGAAAAUUCCUUUAGAAAUAGGAAAUCUAAAUAGUUUAAUUCUAUUGAGAAUGAAAAAUAACUAUUUUGAAGGGACGAUUCCUUCAACUAUUGGGAAGUUUCAAAAGAUUCAAGUGCUAGAUUUGUAUGGAAAUAAGCUGUCAGGAGAAAUACCAUCCUCUAUAGGCAACCUUAGUCAUCUGUAUCAUUUGAAUUUAGGGAAAAAUAUGUUCGUAGGAAAUAUUCUGUCAAGUAUAGGCAACUUGCAAAAGUUACAAAUGUUAUACCUUUCAAGAAACAACCUUAGAGGAGACAUACCUUCAGAGGUUUUGAGUCUUUCAUCUUUAACAACAGGAUUGUUCUUAUCCCAAAACUUUUUGAGUGGAAGUCUACCUGAUGAAGUCGGUCAACUACAAAAUAUUGUGCGGAUUGAUGUCUCUAAAAAUUGGUUGUCUGGUGAGAUUCCUAGAACCUUGGGAGAAUGCUUAAGCUUAGAAUACCUUAUUUUGACAGGGAAUUCAUUCAAUGGAAGCAUACCAUCCUCUUUGGAAUCUCUCAAAGGUCUUCGAGUGUUAGACCUCUCAAGAAACCAAUUAUCCGGAUCAAUUCCAAAAGUUUUGCAAAAUAUUUCUUCGAUAGAAUACUUCAAUGCAUCAUUCAACAUGCUGGAAGGAGAGGUACCAACUAAAGGUGUCUUUCGAAAUGCCAGUGCAAUGACAGUUAUUGGAAACAAUAAGCUUUGUGGAGGAAUUUUAGAGUUGCAUCUACCGCCAUGCUCUAAACCUGCAAAACACCGUAACUUCAAGUUGAUAGUAGGGAUAUGUAGCGCCGUUUCUCUUCUUUUCAUUAUGAUAUCCUUUCUAACUAUCUAUUGGAAAAGGGGAACGAUACAAAAUGCAUCUUUGUUGGAUUCACCAAUAAAAGAUCAGAUGGUUAAGGUUUCGUACCAAAACCUACACCAAGCAACCAAUGGGUUCUCGACAAGAAACUUGAUAGGAUCUGGAUAUUUUGGUUCUGUUUACAAAGGAACACUUGAGUCGGUGGGUGGAGAUGUUGCCAUAAAAGUCCUAAACCUUAAAAAGAAGGGAGUUCACAAGAGUUUCAUUGCUGAAUGUAAUGCACUAAAAAAUAUUAGGCACAGAAAUCUAGUUAAAAUUUUGACUUGUUGUUCCAGCACAGAUUACAAAGGAAGUGAGUUUAAAGCUCUUGUAUUUGAGUACAUGAGAAAUGGAAACUUAGAAAAUUGGUUGCAUCCCACAACUGGAAUUACAGAUCAACCCAUAUCACUGACUCUUGAGCAAAGGUUAAAUAUUAUUACUGAUGUUGCGUCAGCAUUUUGUUAUCUUCAUUACGAAUGCGAGCAACCUGUCAUUCACUGUGAUUUAAAGCCUGAAAAUAUUCUUCUUAAUGACAUCAUGGUAGCUCAAGUGAGUGAUUUUGGGUUAGCAAAGUUGCUCUCAAGUGUUGGAGUCGCUCUGACGCAGAGUAGCACAAUUGGAAUAAAGGGGACAAUUGGCUAUGCACCUCCAGAGUAUGGAAUGGGUUUUGAGGUGUCAACUGAAGGUGACAUGUAUAGCUUUGGAAUUCUGUUAUUAGAAAUGUUAACUGGAAGGAAACCCACAGAUGAAUUGUUUAAAGAUGAUCAUAAUCUCCAUAAUUAUGUGAAACUUUCAAUUCCAGACAACCUUUUCCAUAUUGUGGAUCGAUCUAUUAUCAUCGAAUCAGAACACAAUACUGACAAUGGUAAUACUGGCAGUAUACAUCCUAAUGUAGAGAAAUGUUUACUUUCACUUCUUAGGAUUGCACUUUCUUGUUCAGUGGAAUCACCAAAAGAAAGAAUGAAUAUGGUUGAUGUAAUAAGGGAGCUCAAUAUCAUAAAAAGUUUCUUUCCUGCCGAGGUUCAACAAAGGCGAGGUGCAUCACAGCCACAAAUCACAUGAUCUCUCAUCUAUACAUUUUAUCUUUUUGUCUAUUUAUGCUUGACAGUGGGAUGCUCAUACAGUAGUUAUGAUUUCUGUUAUCUUAUGUAUGAAUAGAUCCAUGAUUAUGUGACUUCAUGUUGGGUUAUAUUUUCUACAUGAUUUUCUUUUCAAUGUUUUGAUUUACUCUUAUAUUUGCAUGUAUGGUUUGGAUCCAGUGUGACACUUGAUUACUUCUUUAUGACAUAGGCUUUUUUUUCCAUCGAAAACUUGGUAUCUAGCUCAAUGACCGACUAAUCCAAGAAGUCCAAUCCCACUUCCACUUUUCACUUAUAGAAGCAAUGUUCGUAAAAGAUGUUUCUAUUAACGGAUAGAAGCAAUGUUCAUACAAAGUUUUCCAUGUCUUUGAAUGGAAAAUGUCAAGAGAAUGAAAAGUGAAAAAAAAAGUUUUUAAUGAAAGAAUAGGUUUUUCUCAUCCUAUAUAGACCUAACAACAUGGUUUAACACAUUUCCAAGCACAACUUGUGGUAGUUGAGACUGUGCAGAGAAGCACAAAAUGUUUGGCAGAAUGCAAAAGGUAUUGACUCCUAUAAAAACCACAAUUUACUUCAUCAUAUCAAUAGUUCUUCACAUGGUCAGUCCAGGCAAUCAAAAGACA